GAACCUUUCUCUCUCUUCAUACUAGCUAGCUUGGUCGUGUUUCUCUCUCCUUUACCUGAGAUAAAAAAAAAAAAAAAAAAGUGAGAAAAAGCUAUGGGCCAUAACAUCCUAAAAUCUUCUGAUUUAUUCCUUUGAUUCUCAAAUUCUGCUUAGGUUUAUUUCUUUAUAUUGAUCGAGGGUCUUUUCAAAGCUUAUCCCUUUGCUUUUUAUUUUUUUAUUUUUUUUUUUUAAUUUGAUCUUUGCUUGGGUGUGUGUAUAUGGGUGCGGUUGACUGUUAUCCAUCGCGUGAGGAUGAGAUGGCGGUGUUGUCUCUGAAUUCUCUGCCUUUAGGUUUCCGAUUCCGGCCUACGGAUGAGGAACUCAUCGAUUACUACCUGCGACAGAAGAUCAACGGAAAUGGUGACGAGGUUUGGGUUAUUCGAGAGAUUGAUGUCUGCAAGUGGGAACCCUGGGAUUUGCCUGAUUUGUCAGUGAUACGGAACAAGGAUCCAGAGUGGUUCUUCUUCUGUCCUCAGGACCGCAAGUAUCCAAAUGGGCAUCGAUUGAACCGAGCAACUACUCAUGGUUAUUGGAAGGCAACAGGGAAGGAUCGUCAAAUCAAGUCUUGUUCAAGCUUGAUUGGGAUGAAGAAGACUUUAGUCUUCUAUACUGGUCGUGCACCUAAAGGGAAGAGGACCAAUUGGGUUAUGCAUGAGUACCGACCCACCCUCAAGGAACUUGAUGGUACCAAUCCUGGACAGAAUGCGUAUGUCCUUUGUCGAUUAUUUAAGAAACAAGAUGAGAGUCUUGAAGUUUCAAACUGUGAUGAAGUGGAGCAGACUGCUUCAAAUCCUUUGGCUGCUAAGGACUCUCCUGAAGAAAUACAAUCUGAUCCAGCUCUUGUUGCAGUAUCUCCGUCACAGAUUACGGAUGAUGAUAAGCACCUGGCAGUUAUCCCUGAGAUCUCUGAUGAAACAAUAUCCAACAUUAUAACCCCUGUUGAUUGCCAUAGUGACGGAUGUGAUGCUUAUGAUGCACAAAAUCAAAUUGUAGAUCCAGCUGCGGAGGAGGGUCAGCCGUUGAAAUAUGACAUAUAUUAUGACCCAAAGAACGAGCUAUUUGAUGGCAAAUUAUUUUCCCCAGAACUUGUGCACAUUCCACCAGAAUUUAAUUUUCAAGCAAACGAUGAGUCAGAUGGUCGUUGGGGGCUUCAAUAUGGCACAAAUGAUUUACAUUUUUCGGACGUUUUUGAUUCAUUUUUUAAUUGGGAUGAACUCUCCAAUGCGGAGUCUGGCAGCCAACAGCAGAGCUCUCCCUUGUUUAAUGUUAAGGACAAUGGAUCAGGCAGUGAUUCAGAUGUGGAAGUAGUCAAUAAGACAUGUAAGCAAGAUGCUUAUCCUGAGGAGGCAAGUGACAGAAAGAUUCCUUUGGUGCCAACUCCAGAAUUUUGCAAAACCAUAGGCAAAACCUUUGACUGUAGUGGGGGUGAGAAGAAUAGCAAUGUUGGAUUAUUUCAAAACAAUUCCCAGAUGGCUUCCUCGUUUGAUGUUAGUAUGGAUCAAGUGUACAAUGUAUUCAAUGCUUAUGAGCAACCAAGAAACUAUAAUCCAGUUGCUAGUGAUGAUACUGGAAUCAAAAGAAGGAGUCGGCAGGUACGAAAUGAACAGCCAAACAUAAACAUCAUGGCGCAAGGUACUGCACAAAGGAGAAUUCGUUUGUUAAGGAUGACGGAUAACUCGAAUGAGACGGUGGCAGUGGAGAAGGAAGCUUCAGAAAAUCAUGGUGAUGAUGAAAGUGCGAUUGUUGCUGAUAAUGUGAAUGAACUGCACAAGACACCUGAAUCAACCGACAGUAGAAAGAUUUCUCAACAAGUUGCCAAUGCAGGUUCCACCUUGGGGUUAAAAGAGGUUUUAUUGCAAAGAAGGGUGCCUUACAUAUCAAAGGCUUCCUCCAAUCGCACUGUGUGGUCUUCUGUUUUUGUAGUUUCUGCCUUUGUAAUGGUCUUGUUAGCGGUCUUUGCUAACAUAUGGGGAUAUCUUAAAUUUUGAAUUGCUAGGAGAUCAUUCCUUUGUUUGUAAUUUGCCUCCAUAUCUUUUUUGAGCCAGUUAAGGGGAGGCAUGUAGGGUUGACUUUCUUAGAUUUGUUGAUAACUCAGUAUAUAUAUGUCUGUGUGCAUAUGUAGUCGGUGCAUAAUAUGUAUCCUCACCUAGUCUAUCGACUCUGUUACUGUACAUUAAAUUAACAGUUUUAUCGUUUUCAAAUUUUU